AUGUUCCAGCCCAUCGCUGUUCUACUAGCGGCAACCGCCCUCCUUAUUCCCAGCGCUAUGGCUGGCGAGGGCGUGCAUCUUGCCAACUGUGGCCCUGAUGUUAACUCGGCGUUUACCAGCGUCGUCGCCUACUACGCAGAUGACUCGCAGUCAAACACGGCACCGUUUUCUCAGAAUAUAGCCUUUGCUACCAACCCAGCAAGUCUGGUUACUUGGGAGGGCCACUCUUACACCGCAAGCUUCGCAACUGGAAACACUUUUACGACCCACAUUCAAGGUGGAAGCUUCAGCUUCGGCCAGUACGCAGGGAGUGGCAACAACCAGCAGCGACAGUUUGCUUGCUUCAGGGACAAUAACAGGCAGCUUUGGAGGUCAACUCCUGCUUAUGCUUGCUUCAGCAUUUACUAUUGCCUUGAUGCUUAG